AUGGGUUCAGACGGGGAAGCGAGCUCUCCAAUUGAAAAUGCAGCACCACAAACAAGUUUAGUGGAAGAACUUGACUUUUCGCGUCAAAUUUACCAUAUACAACCGUCAUCUGAAACUACCCUGGAUGACAGAGGAGACUACACAGUUUUGAAUGAGGACAAUGGACUCUCGCAUCAUUCAGAAACCGAUAACAAUCAACAAGCAGUAAAUGAAGGAUCCGAUGGCCAAAAAGAUUCUCAUGACAAUGGACCGAUCAAAGAUGGAGCUCAAUCUCAGCUCGCAGAGAAUAUAUUUGGAGAAGCAAAAUCAAAUUUGGGUCCCAACAAUGGAAUAUCGACAGAGAGGCUAAAUCCUCGAGGAAGAUCCGAACAGCCAGAAGAACAUGAGUCCAAGGUCUUCGACAAUUCAUCAAGCAACCUCAAAGGAAAGUCGCGCAUGAGCUCAGGUUCGCGUCCCACUACCAUGGAGAGCAUGAAAGCAAGCUCCGAUUGUGCAGGAUUUGAAUCUCUCAUGGAGUUGGCAAAGUCAUCGUCACUCGAGGAUGAAAGUACUCGAAUCCUACAACUCACCACAUCUCGUGGGCCACGAAAAUCUUCCGACACUGAUCCCAACAAGGCACCCCGAAACAAUGCUGUUCUCAAUGAAAUCUUGACGGAUAUUAUAGCAUCUGCAGCUCCAUCACUUCGACAUCUAGCAUCUCAAAGCACGCUUGGUGAAUCCGCGUCUAGCACCAAGAGAAGUAGGACUUAUGAGCGACCACAUCGACUAUCCACUCCUGUGGAAGAGCAGAGACACCCUGGGAAACCAGGAUUAUGGAGUGAUCAAUUCAUGAAAAACAUAGACGAGAUGGUGGAUUGGGAAACCAAAGAGGUCAACGCAAUAUCGUUGUCCUCCACUAGCAAUCUGGAUGCGUUUGGAGCUCGGGCAAAAACCGAAAAAGAUGGCGAGGUUGUUGCGCCACCAGAGCCGCAGGAACCAGAUGCAGAAAUCGAGUAUCCUGGAACCCUUGCUUUGACGAUUCUCACAAUCGGGCUUUGCUUGUCGGUACUUUUGAUUUCUUUGGAUAGAACAAUUAUUACAACUGCGAUUCCGUAUAUUAGUGGAGAAUUUCGUUCAUAUGCAGACGUCGGUUGGUAUGGAAGUGCAUAUCUACUUACGGCAUGCGCAUUCCAGCCGAUGUAUGGAAGGAUCUUUACUAGUUUCAGUAUCAAAUGGUCAUAUCUAGGUGCAAAUGCGCUCUUUGAGAUAGGAUCAAUGAUUUGCGGCGUAGCUCCGAAUUCUCUCACGUUGAUUAUAGGGCGUGCUAUCGCUGGAGUUGGGAGUGCGGGGAUUUUGACCGGGUCUUUUGUUGUUGUUGCUCAUAGUGUCCCGAUACAAAGACGUCCUGUCUUCACCGCGGCUGUAGGUUUGAUGUUCGGAUUAGGAGCUACAGUGGGACCACUGAUGGGAGGAGUCUUCACAGAUAAAGUAUCGUGGAGAUGGUGUUUCUAUUUCAAUCUUCCGGUCGGUGGUGUAACCAUUUUGGCCAUGAUUUUAUUCUUCAACCCUAAGAAUAACACGACCACAAAACGAUCGUUCGGCUCACGAGUCCUGGAUCUCGAUAUUUUUGGAAAUAUUCUUUUGCUCGGUGCAUGCGUUAUGCUUUUCAUAGCUUUCCAACGUACUGAAGAGGGGAGUUCUUGGUCCAGCGCAAUUGUUAUAGGCCUUCUCGUCGGCUUCGGAGUAUCUAUGAUUGUAUUAGGGUUCUGGUUCUGGUAUAGAGGCGAUAAAGCUUUGAUUCCGCUGGAAAUCCUCAGGCAACGCACUGUAUUAGCAAGCUGCCUUUUCUCAUUCUUCCUCUACUCGGCCUUGAUCAUCCAUGGCUAUUAUCUCCCUCAAUGGUUUCAAGCGAUCAAGAACACAUCCGCCAUCACAUCUGGUGUUGACAUGAUUCCAUAUGUCGUCUGCAAUGCUUUCUUCUCCCUCGUGGCCGGUGUUAUCGUCUCCAAAUCUGGAUACUUUACACCGCCCGCUAUCAUCGGUACAGCAAUUGCUACGAUAGGCUGUGGACUCAUCAGCACAUUCAGAACCGAUACCACAUCAGCUGAGUGGAUCGGCUACGAAAUUCUCAGCGCGACGGGUUUCGGAAUCGCAAUCCAGCAAGGAUUCACUGCUGUCCAAACCGUCUUACCCUUGGACAAAAUCCCCAUCGGCACCGCUGCGGUGGUUGCAUCGCAGUCUUUUGGCGGCGCAGUCUUUGUUUCUGUUGGAAAUACAAUUCUCCAGAACCAAUUAAAAGGGUCAUAUGAAAGUGGGCAAUUACCAGGAGUGAAUAUCCAGGCAGUUUUGGACGCUGGUGCCACGGGCUUCCGAUUUGUAGUUGAUGCGGAUCAAUUGCCUGCGCUAUUGGAAGUAUACAAUGGUGCUUUGCAGAAAGUUUUUAUUGCAGCUAUUCCGGUUACUGGAUUGGCGUUUCUUUCUUCUCUAUUUCUCGAAUGGAAGAGUGUUAAAACUCAGGAGUCCACUGAACAGGUUUGA